AUGGUGGGGAUGGGUAAACUGAAGCGGGAUGAAGCCAAGAGGGGCAGAAUGGCAAUGACGCAGUUGCGCAAAACUCUUCGCCGACAUGGCUCGACGCUGCUUAAGAAUCUUGAAGAGAUACAGCGAUUCCAAUACUUUAUCGAAUUUCUCCCUCACUUAUCGUGGGGCACCAACUCUCCAGACCGACAGAACAGAAGUUUCCCGGGACAUGAAAAUAUGGUAACGAAGAAGCCAAGUUUGCCACCGGAUUUACUCCGUAGAGAUGUGGUGAAUGCGUGGGAAAAGUGCAUGACUCACGGGUUCAACUCAAUACCCCGCUGUUGCUCAUACCGCAACGGUGUACUCCGUUCUGCCGACCAGAGAGGGCCGGAAAUUCGACUGUCUUCGAGAAUCGGCAAGAGGGGGAUUUCCUGGAAUAUUCCUCCACCCGCGCAGAUUGAGCCGGAGACAACGGUGGAGUAG